CUCCGCCAAGUGCCGCAAGUGCCGUGUCAUCGAUUCUCGAUCAUCGUGUGUCACCGCCGCGCCGCCCGCUGUUUCGCCGUCCAAACCACAUCUAAAGCCUCUGCGCGCUGCGGCCGCCACCCUCUUUCUAAUCAGGCCGACUCCGGCCCCCCUCCCUUGCGAUGUACUCGACCCUCCAGCGCCUAAACCACUAUGGCUCGAUCUCGACGACCUUCGUCAUGGUCCUCCUCGGUCUGAUCAGCCUCGCGAGCUUCUUCACUCUCCCCGCUGUCGAGCCGGGCACCGUGAGCGUCAACGACCUGAUCGUCCGCCGCGGACGCGUCAACCGCUGGGGCGCGGCGCCCGAAGAGCUCGCGAGCCUGCGCUUCGACGUGCGCGCUGACGUCACGCCCCUCCUCAACAGCUACAACACCAAACAGCUCUUUCUGUACCUCACCGCCGCAUACGCCGACGACGUGAGUGGCGACACGCACGAAGUCGUCCUCUGGGACCGCAUCAUCACGCGCAGCGACAUCAAGGACUUCCGCACGACCGGCGACGCCGAGGCGCGCAAGAACCGCAGCCCGCGGCCCAGGAUUCGCAUGGACAACGUCAAGAAUAAGUACGCGUGGCGUAACCCGUCACGCUCGUUCAAAAACAUUCACGACGCAAACAUCACGCUUUCCUACCACCUGAUGCCGUACGUUGGACUGGUGACAUCCGGCGUCGCCGCAACGGCACAAGGCAAGGUCGAAAUUCCAGACCUUGCGACCAAGUAGUAGUUAGUGAGAUAUACACAUCAGUAGAGACUUCGCAGCACAAUCAUUCUGUAUGUAAACAGUCUGGAC